GAGGUUAUCUUUGACCUGGCUGAAAAACGAAAAGAAUUAACAGAACUUGAAGAGGCGACGAUUGCCCCUGAUUUUUGGAGCAAUACACAACGCGUCCAAAAGGUUAACCAACGCAUCGCCAUCAUCCGAGAUGAAGUCGGGACGUACGAAGAUCUCGCCCUGAAAAUUGAAGAUAUCCAAACCCUGCUCGAACUCGCGACCGAAGAGAACGAUGGGAGUUUACAAAACGAGAUUGCCGACGGAUUGGGUGAUGUCACGCACCGUCUCGAACAGAUGGAACUCCGUUUAAUGCUAACGGGUGAGUUUGACGAGAACAACGCAAUCCUCAACAUUCACGCCGGUGCUGGCGGGAUUGACGCGCAGGAUUGGGCGGGGAUGUUGAUGCGUAUGUACCUCCGUUGGUGCGACCAGCGCGGCUAUCAGACCGAAAUCGUAGACCUCACCUCAGGAGACGAAGCCGGCAUCAAAGGAACGACAAUCCUUGUUACAGGCGCUUCGGCUUACGGUUAUCUGCAAGCCGAAGCGGGUGUGCACAGGCUCGUUCGGUUAUCUCCCUACGAUUUCAACAAGCGGCGGCAUACCUCCUUCGCCGCUCUUGGCGUGACCCCUGAAAUCGACGACACCGUGGAAGUGGAUAUCCAACCCGACGACUUACGGAUAGAUUUCUAUCGCGCAAGCGGCGCGGGUGGGCAGCACGUCAACGUCACGGACUCAGCAGUUCGGAUUACACACAAACCCACCGGACUUAUCGUCCAAUGUCAGAAUGAACGUUCGCAGCAUAAGAACCGAGAAAUCGCUAUGAAAUUACUCCGUUCCCGUCUUCAUGAGAAAUACCGUGCGGAACGGGAAGCAGAACUCUCAAAACAGCGAAGCGAACGCUUAGACAUAGACUUUGGGAGCCAAAUCCGGUCGUAUGUACUGCACCCCUACCAACGCGUCAAGGAUUUGCGCACGAAUGUCGAAACAGGGUAA